CCCGAGCACUUCUGCACGGGGAGGGAGGACAUGGUGUCCAGCAGUAACUGGCUAUCCAGGGUGAAUGUCGUGCUGGUGAUGGCCUAUGGGAGCCUGGUAUUUGUACUACUGUUUAUUUUUGUGAAGAGGCAAAUUAUGCGCUUUGCAAUGAAAUCUAGAAGGGGACCCCAUAUCCCUGUGGGACACAAUGUCCCCAAGGACUUGAAAGAGGAGAUUGAUAUUCGACUACCCAGGGUUCAGGAUAUCAAGUAUGAACCUCAGGUCCUUGCAGAUGAUGAUGCAAGACUGCUACAUCUGGAAACUCAGGGAAAUCAAAGUUGCUACAACUAUCUGUAUAGGAUGAAAGCUCUGGAUACUUUCCAUGCUUCUGAGAUCCCAUUUCAUGCUGAAGGCAGGCACCCCUGUUCCUUAAUGGGCAAGAAUUUCCACUCCUACUUGCCAGAUCUUCAAAACACUAGUACUCCUUUCAAGGGUGUGAGGAAGGCCUUUAUCGAUACCCUGCUGCAUGGCUACGAGACAGCUCGCUAUGGGGUGUUUGGCCAGAGUACCUGCGCUAUCAAGAGGCCCUAAGUGAGCUGGCCACUGUAGUCAAAGCAAGAAUUGGGAGCUCUCAGUGACAGCACCAGUCAGCAGCCAAAGACCUAACUCAGUCCCCUGAAGUCUCCUCAACUACUAUCCAGGUGACAUACCUUCCCUCCAGUCAGAAAAUAAAGGUGCCAAGCAU